ACGAAGGCGCUUCGCUUUCAGUUUGAAUUGUGUCCUCGUUAAGAAAGGAUAUUCGUUACAUUGUUGUUAAGUUGUUAUUAUAAUUUCUCAAACAAACCAACCAACCAACCAAAGCAACCCAAAGCAAACCGAAAGCCAACUGCUCGCUAAAGAGAAUUCAAAAUAAAAACCGAAAAAAAAUCAAACCAAGGGAGUCCUCGAGCCUCGAGCGCUGCGGAUUCUGCCUGGGAACAUAAUUCAAAACCACAUGAACUUUUCGAAAACAAAUUUCAUUGGUCUGUGAUAAGUGAAGGUCAAGCAAAGAGGAAAUUUUUUAUGAAAACUAUAAACCAACCACAAACAACACGAAGCGGAACAAACGGCAAGGAAAACCACAAAAGGCAGCGUUUUCCAAAUUAGCAAAAUUGUAGAAAUUAUUUAAUGCAUCAAAUCGUUUGACCAAACAACAAGCAGCGCCAGCAGCAACAACAACAGUGCGGUUUCACACAAAAAGGCGGCCAUUAAAAUAACAAAAAAAAAAAAAAAACAAAACAAAAACAAAAAACAAACAAAAAAGGGAAAAACCUAGCCAAAUUAUAACACAAUUUAUUUAUAUCAUCAACUGCAAGGCGGCAGGCACUUCAUUAAGGAUCAAAGCGAGCUGCGUGCAACCGCAGAACGUGCAAAUUCCGCACCGCAACAGCAAAACCAAAAGCAAAGGCAGUAGCAACAGCAGCAGCAGCACCACCACCAGUACUCCAUCUGCACCUCCACCUUCACUGACCUCCCCCGGAGCCACUGCACCACUGCGCCAGCCGGAAAAUGUUGGCCAUGCCCACGCUGAUGAUGCCAGCCACCGCCCAGAUGACGCUCAGCGCCGCCCACGGAAAGCCCUACGAGACAAAGCUGCUGGCCAUCCACCAGACGCACCUGCAGCAGCAGCAGCAGCAGCAACAGGCGCCCGCCCCGCAGCAGCAGCAGCCGCAGCAGCAGCAGGCGCCCAACGGCAAGCAGCCGCAGCAGCAGCAGAUGACCAUCGUCACCACGCAGCAGCAGCAGCAGCACCCCCAGUCGCAGUCGCCGCACCAGCAGCAGCAGUCGCAGCAACAGGCCGCCGCAGCCGCCGCAGCCGCCGCCGCCGCAGCAGCGGCCGCCCACCACCAGCAGCAGCAGGCCGUCGCCGCCGCCGUCUGCGCCGCCCAGCAGCAGGCCGUGGUGGUGCAGCAGCAGCAGCAGCAGUACCAGAUCCACUCGCAGCAGCAGUCGCCGCAGCAGCAGGUGCUCUGCAUCUCGCCCAAGCAGGAACAAUUCCACAUCUUUGUCGGCGACUUGAGCUCAGAAAUUGAAACUCAGCAAUUGCGCGAAGCAUUCACACCAUUCGGCGAAAUCUCCGACUGUCGCGUGGUGCGCGAUCCACAAACCUUGAAGUCGAAGGGCUAUGGCUUUGUGUCCUUCAUCAAGAAAUCGGAAGCCGAGAGCGCCAUUACGGCCAUGAAUGGCCAGUGGCUUGGCUCCCGUUCAAUUCGCACGAAUUGGGCCACACGGAAACCGCCGGCGAGUAAAGAGAACAUCAAGCCAUUGACCUUCGACGAGGUCUACAAUCAGAGCAGUCCCUCCAAUUGCACCGUUUACGUGGGCGGCGUCAACAGCGCCCUCACCGCCCUCAGCGAGGAGGUCCUCCAGAAGACCUUCGCCCCCUUCGGCGCGAUACAGGAGAUCCGCGUCUUCAAGGACAAGGGAUACGCCUUCGUGCGGUUCUCCACUAAGGAGGCCGCCACCCACGCCAUCGUCGGCGUCCACAACACGGAGAUCAACGCGCAGCCCGUGAAGUGUUCGUGGGGCAAGGAGAGCGGCGACCCCAACAACGCACAGACCAUCGCCACGCAGGCGCUGAACAGUGCUGCUGCCGCCGCCGCUGGUUUCCCGUACGGAGUGGGUGCGGCUGCCGCCGCCGCCGCCUACGGACAGCAGCUGGCCGCCACGGGCUGCUGGUACUCGCCCACGCCCACCUACCCGGCCUCCUCGGCCACGGCGGCAGCGGUGACCCCGGCGGCGGCCAGUGCAGCGGCCGUGCAGAACCAGUUCCUGCAGGGCAUCCAGGGCUACCACUUUGGCCAGUACGGCGGCUACCAGCAGGGAUACAUGGGGAUGGGCGUGCAGAUUCCCGCCACCUGGCAAGGCGUCACCCAGGCGCAGAUCUCCCCCGCCCAGCAGCUGGCAACGGGCGUGGCCGGCACCGCCAUUCCGCAGGCCGCCGGCGUGGUGGCCUAUCCGAUUCAGCAGUUCCAAGUGAGCCCACAGGUUUAUCCUCUACUCUUGCAGGCACAGUAAACGCAAAAGCCAAACCGAAAAUCCAAACCAAAAUUUUUAAGUACAGCCGCAAUUUUCUGAACAGAAACAAAACCAAACUGAGCUGUAAAUAAAUGCGAAGCGCAGAACACACAAAUUGCAAACAAUUGAUGGCAACUUGAAGUUUGGCGAUAUUAGAGAGCUGCACCCCAGAAACAAACGCAAGCGCGAAUGCAAAAUCCAAAUCCCACACCCGCAAAGUAUAUAUCUAAACAUAUAUAUAACUAGAGCAUAAAUAUCUGUCAACGCCCUUUGAAUAAGCAUCGGGGAAGCAAACAAUUAUUAUGUAUAUGCAAAAGCAAGAAAGCCAACAUAUUUUUAACCCUAGUUGCUUACACCACACAACCACUCACACACACAGUCUCUCUCACACACACACACUUCGUACCACAUAUUUUAAUGCUUUAUGUAAAUGUGUUGGAGCACUGCGCGUAAAAAAACAAAAAAAUAACAACAGCAAUUAAUUGAAGAAGCCAAAAGAAGAAUUUGCCGACCGAAGUGGCGAGCGUAAAUAAAGGGGGUACAAUUUGGCCGAAGGAUAACAUAUAUCGAGUGGGUUGUAGCAGCCUAAAUCAAACACAGUCGCGGCAUUAAAUUAAAAUAAACAUAAUUAAAAAUGCGUUAAAAUUAAUUACGCGCACACAGACGUGCACACAUGUAUGCAAGUAAAUAUUUGUGUGUGUGUGCAAACAGUCCUUAACCCCACAUCAUCCUCCUCACAGCAGGACCCGCAUCACUUUGUAUUGCCUACUUUUGUGCGCAGUUUGGUUUUAGCUUAGCACACACACACAUACACACACUCGAACACUACUUUCACGGGGCGAGUGAAAGCAGGGAUUAUGCCUAUUUACAUUUAAACUCCUUAAGGGAGUUACGAGUUUCAAGGGAUGAGACAAAUCCGCUUUCACUCGCCCAAAACACUUAGCACUAGUGCCUAUAACUACGAUAGAUGAUACUGCUUAGAAACAACUGCCAGCAAUCGGGCCAAGUGCAGUUGGUUGGCCAACUCAGUCGUCUUGUCCUGCUAUCAUUUCCUAUAGAAUGCAACUGAAAGUUCACGCACUCACACCGAUUUGUGAUCGAUCAGCAUCGAAAGCCAGGUUCCUACACACGCACACUCACACGGUCUCACCAGCACUCGCAGUUCGUAUCUGAAGUAUCUGAAUAUAUAGUAGUCGUACGAAAGUCCAGGAAAGUCCAGCCAGCCUGAAAACCUCAGAAUGUUGAAUCUUGCUUCAUUUCUCCUUCAGUUAUCUCCAUACUUUCAACAAGCGCUUCACGAGAGCCAUGUACAAAGCAGCCGCAAAAAUGUUUCAAACUCCCUCCAACAACUUACUCUUAACACGCCAGAAUUAACCCAUGUUUGUACACGUUACGUUUAUGGUUUUAUUUCAGUUGCCAGAGGAGGAGUGGCUAGCUGCAAAUUUGUUGUGUUAGUUCUCUGUUGUUUAGGCCAAACGAAAGCGAUAAGGAAACCCAAACCAAAUCAAACCGAAACCGAAAACAAAACCUAACAAAAACCAAUAACGAAAACGAAAACGAAACCGAUAGCGAAACCAAACCGAAACCGAACCGAUAACCAAACAGAAUAUCCAAGUAGCUAAAAAUAUAUAUACCCACGGUAUGAGUAUGAGUAAUAUAGAGCGGGCAGACUCCCCUACGCAAGUAAAAUAUAUUGAAACAAUCAAAGUAUGCCAUCGAAUGAUAUUAAUUGAUAUUAGCUAAUCGAGCAUAGCCGUAAUAAAGUAGAUAUUAUCGCCUAAUCAUGUAAGCCAAUAAACACACUUGCAGCCCAACAACCAGAGAAAGAUUCGCAGGCAGUGGGAAGAGCAGCCGACACACACAGGACUCGAAAGUCGAGGCGAGCAUUAAUCAACUUAUAGACAACACGACACUCUCACACGAAGCUGUAGGAUCGGGAAUUUCAGAAGGUAGUACAUGAAUGUGAAACAUAAGUAGUCAUAUGAAAACAAAACUAAAUGUAGAGUAUAUAUGGUAAAUGUAAAGUGGUAAAGCCUAGACUUAGAGUUAGAGGUCGUCGAUAAGUGCAUAGAGUAUACAGCGUAUGCAUUAAACGACAUGCUUAUAUAACAUAUACGGCCGUAUAGCUACACUCACACCAACCCAGCGCCCUCACACAUACACUCACAAACUAACACAGUCACACAGACACACACGGUGUUCACAUACGGAGGAGAAAAACUAAAUGCCAGCGGCGUAUGGCAAAUGAUAUUUAUUGUAUAUUGUGUUGUAUGCGUUGGAUGAUAAAUCACAAAUAGAUGUUCGAAACGAAAACCAAUUAAACGACGACAACAACAAGCAAGAAUCCCAAGUAAUAGAAAUAGCAAUACGCAUACGUAACGUAAUCGCAAUCGCAAUCGCAGUGGCAGUCGCAGUCGCAGUCACAUUCGCAUUCGCAUAUAUUCGUAUUCGUACGUAUCGGACAAUUAGGCUGCAAAGGACGAAGGACGAGGCUUGAUUUGCAUUUGACACGCCCCAAUCCCCAGCGACUGGCAGCGUGGAAUUUGUUAUGUCAUUUUUUAGUGGAAUUUUUCGCAGCAAACGGGGCAGAGCAUUUAGUUACUCGGGUGUGGCCCAGCACCAGUAAAUGUCUAUUGAUAAUACCCACACUGAACACGUAUAUAUAUGUUCACAGGAUGCGCUCACUCAGUCCGAGAGGAGGGGUUAGGGGAUUUUAACCGAUGAUCGCAGGAUCGGCAGGACACAUGGUCCUUUGGGGCAGUCGUACUGUAUAUUUAAAUGUUUUUAGCACUAGAACUUAGAGGAACUACGUGGCGCAUGGCAUGCGACUUAGAUGUAGAUGUGAUUUUAAAGAGGGCGGGAUUGGGCCGGAUUAAUGCAAGCGAGGGAGUGAAGCUGACAAAUGCAUUUUUGUUUUUUGUUGUUACUUUAUUUUCUAGAAAUUUUGUUGAGUGAAAAGCGAGAACAAAAAUUUGAAACAUUGUUGACCAAACGAAAAAUAAAAAGUAAAAAAGAGAUAAAAUAAUCGUAAAACAGUUUUGCAGAAAACAAAAAUUUGGCUAGGAAAACAAAAAGGAAAACAUUUAUAAGUGAAAAGUUUAUAGUUAAGACAGAAAACCAAAAAAAAUAUUAUCGGUUUGUUUGUUAAUGUUUGCGCUACAUAUCAGUAAAGAGUUAAAAUGGGUAGUUGGCACGUAGAAAUAGAGAAGAGUUGGAAACUAAAUAAGAAACCAUAACUGUGGAAGGUAAAAGCAUAAAACAAAGCUGACGAAGACGACGAACUAAAUAAUAUACAAAUAUAAAAGAAUUCAAAAUACGAGUAUAUGGAUAACAGCUGUAACUGUAUGUAUUUAUGUUGUGUAACUAUAAAAUGUGCUAAGUCAUUUAUAUACGUCUAUAUAUAUAUAUAUAUAUGAACAUAUACAAAGUAUUUAUACACAUGGAAGCCCACGUCACAUCUCGUAUACCGCAAGAAGGACUAAUCCCGCUAGAGGGAUGGCCCAAAACAAACCACUACAAAAGUACUGUGUAGCUGCACUAUAUUGCCCGAUGAUGAUUAUUAUUAUUCAUCGACUCAGGUUCUGUUCCGAUCAUAGCCCAUUGCCGCCAUUAGUCAAGCAUAAUUCAAUUCCGAGUCCUGCGCUUUGAGUUACUAAUUCGGUUUGGAGUCAAAUCCAACUACACACUGAAACGAUUGCAGUUAUUAACCAUAAACUACAAUUACCAAUUAGUCAAUUCGAAGUGUAAUUAACUGGAGUGCUGAAACAGGAGCAGUUAGCAAAAUUUACCACACGCAACGCGAAAAACAGGCGCUGCAUGUGGGGCACAUAGCGUAAAUUAAACUAGACGAGGGGAGAACAAAUUUUAACGAGAUCCAGUUGCAGCGAGGCGAAACCGAAUCCGAAACCGAAACAGAAAAUCAAUCAAAUAAAAGUAUUAUCUAAGCUACAAACAAUUAUAUAUAUUUACAUGCAGGCAGACCCUUCAAGCGAACGGCAGGCAGUGCAUACUAUUUAUCCGAGUUCUGAGUGUGUUUCCGUAACUUUAAUCACACACCAGCCGAGGAUGAGACAGGAUCUAAUUUACAGGCAGACACAGAGCAGAAAUAUUAUAUUAUUGAACGUACUAGCCACGAGGACCGUUGGAACCAAAUCAAAUUCACUACAAUCCGCGCAGGCAACCCGGGAUAUUUUUGUGCAAUAAACCAAACGGAUUGAAGGGCAUGUUAUGCAAUUAAAAUUACACUAAGAUUGUAAACAAAUCAAAUGCAAAUGUAGAAAAAAUCAAACGAUGAGCAAACAACCAAAAGCUGCUAACAAAACAAACAUCAAAAGGAAAACAAAAGCUAAACCGAAAAAGUUUUGGAAGGCAUUCGACACGAGGACAGAACACACACAAAUACAGAUACAGACAUAGAUAUCGAUAUUAUACGAACAAUAUAUAUAUAUAUAUAUAUACACACAUAUAUAUAUACAGACGUAAAAUAUGAUAAGUAAAUAGCAAAUAACUAAAGUAAACAAAGUAUAGAUAUCGACUGCAGUAUUGCAAAUAUUUUGUAGAAAUUUAAGCAUGUUUGAGUGUGUUUUAGGACAAGGACUAGAAAACACAAAGGCGAAAGGCAAACAGGAUGAAAAAAUCGAAAACAUUGUAGCGGAAUAUAAGGGCCGAGAACAUAAGCAAACAACCAAACAAAAAACCAACAACAAAAACCAAAAAAACAACAGCAAGAACAAAGCCGAAAAUUGGAAACCUAAUGCAUAAGCUAAGUAUUAAAUAUACACAAAACAGAAAUAUAUAUACAACUUAAAUACGGCAUCACAAGUCACACACACAUACACACAUACAAAACGGCAUUUGCAUAAGAAAACACACAAGUGAAACAACGUAACGAAUAUUAAAAGAGUUAAUCAAAUUAAGCAUAACAAGAAAUUCAAAAGGAAAAUAUUUAUAGUUGAAAAACAAACAAAUAAAAACCAGGAUAAUUUGGUUGCGUAUUUGUAUACCAACGCGCCAAAGAAACCCGAAAACCCAGCAGCGAAAUGCAAGCAAAUAUUAUACAACAAUGUCAGCGAGCGAAGAGGUCACCAUUUAAUCGAGGAGGUUUCGACGAAGAGGUGACCCCGACAGGUGGGGAAGGUUUUAGAGCUAGACGCUGGGUUGCCACAAGAGGCGAUACGCAUAGAGAAAUUAUACUUAGGUGACGCAAGAAAAAAAAAAAAACACAAAAAUAACACAGAAACAAGAGUGUAAUAACAAACAAGAGAUGAGAAUGGCGUGAAGAAAAAACAAAGAACAACUGCAACAUAGAAAUGAUGAAUAAGUAAAUAUACCGAAUAAACAACAAAAAUUAUAUUAUGUAUACAUAAAUAUAUUGAAAGAAAACAAAUAAAAACGAACAAAAAAAUUUUGUAAAAAUAA